AUGGCCUCUAGAGCACCAGGACCGAAACGGGGCGUCAAGCGAAAGGGACCACCGCAGAAGAAUGUUCAAGAGGAGGAAGUCUCUUCGUCAGGUGAAUCAGAGUUUGAGUACGAGGAGUACGAGGACGAAGAGGAUGACGACGACGAGGAGGAAGACGAUGAGGGCGAUGAGGGAGAUGAAGAGGACAGCGACUAUGAGCCUCAGUCGGACAGCGAGGCGGACUUGAGCGAGAUUGGCGAUGAUAUCAACCUUCAGGAGAUCAGCGACGAUGAGGCACUUGGAGAGGAGGUGGCAGAUGAUGCUGAAGGAGAAGAUCUCUUCACCAAGGUCCUCCAUGACAAUGAUAACACUGGGGCCGAGGACGCGGCCAAAGCCUUCAACGCCCGCACAGUGCAGAGCAUCUCCCACGACACGAAGCCCUUUCACUCGGGCGGCAAUGUGGCCAGUGUGGACGAGUACGAGCACGACUCGUCGGAUGAAGAGGACGUCCUGAACACUAUCGGCAACAUUCCCUACGAGUGGUACAAGGACUACGUGCACAUCGGCUACGACCGCGACGGGCGGAAGAUCAUCAAGCCGCCCAGCGAGGACGAGAUCGACGAGUUCCUUCGCAAGAUGGACGAUCCCACCUACUGGCGAACCGUCAAGGACAACCUCACCGGCCAGAAGGUGGUCCUCUCCGACACGGACGUCGACCUGCUGCAGCGCCUCAAAGCCGGCAAGUGUCCCGACCCGAGCUACGACCCAUACGCGCCCUUCAUCGACUUCUUCACCUACGAAAAGUCCAUUCACCCGGCGCACAACCGGCCGGAAACGAAGGCCAGCUUCAUCCCCUCGGUGUCGGAGAAGCGGCUGGUCAGUCGCCUGGUGACGGCCAUCAAGCGAGCCCGCCUGAAGCCGAAGCCGAAACCGAAGAAGGACUCGCAGUUUGCCUUCUCCUACGACCUCUGGGAGCACGAGGCGGACAGCUCGAAAUCGAAGGCCACCACCAAGCGGCACGACCGGUACAUUGCCGCGCCAAAGGCCCGCCCACCUGGCCACGAGGAGUCGUACAACCCGCCGCCGGAGUACCUCUUCACCGAGGAGGAGCGCAAGGCCUACGAGGAGGCGCAGCAGGAGGAGGAGGAGGAGGACCGCCCUCGACCGGGCUCCUUUAUUCCGCAGAAGUUCUCCCGCCUGCGGUCGGUGCCCGCCUACCCGGCCUUUGUGAAGGAGCGCUUUGAGCGCUGCCUCGACCUGUACCUCUGUCCGCGGGCGCGCAAGAACCGCGUCCACAUCGACCCCGAGGACCUCAUUCCGCAGCUGCCCAAACCGGCCGACCUGCAGCCCUUCCCCGCGGUGCAGUCGCUCGUCUACAGCGGCCACCAGGGCCGGGUGCUCUCCAGCGCCGUCGAGCCCGGUCCGGCCGGGCAGUUCAUCGUUUCCGGCGACGACGCCGGCUGCGUGAAGGUCUUUGAGGUGCUCACCGGGCGCUGCUUCAAGACCAUCAGCGGCCUGCCCGGCCCGGUGACCGGCGUCAGCUGGUAUCCGAACGGCUCACGCAGCAUCGUCACCGCCACCGUCGACCGGACGGUCUAUCUGAUCAACGUCGGCCUGGGCCACCGGGCGACGGUCACCGCCACCGAUGAGUACUUUGCCAAGUAUGCUAAGGAGGAGGAAGAGGAAAAAGAGGAAGGUGAUGGUGAGAAACCCAAGGAGGAGGAGCUGUCGGUGGAGUGGGCGAACGUCGACCCGGUCGCCCAGUCCGAGCUCUGGUCGCAGGGCGUCCGCCUGCUGCUGAAGCACCGCUUCGAGAUUAGCCAGCUGACGUGGCACACCGCCGGCGAGUACUUUGCCACGGUGAUGCCCGCCGGAGCGAAUAAAUCGGUCGUCAUUCACCACCUCUCCAAGCGAAAGUCACAGGUGCCAUUCAAAAAGUCAAAGGACAUCAUCAAGUGCGUGCAGUUCCACCCGACGCGGGCCUACUUCUUCGUGGCCACCAAAAAGUCCGUCCGCGUCUACGACCUGAUCAAGCAGGAGCUGACCAAGAAGCUGACGGUGAACACAUGUGAGGUGAACUGCAUGGCCGUCCAUCCUGGAGGCGACAACGUCCUGAUCGGCGGCGUCGACCCCAAGGUCCAGUGGUUCGACAUGGACCUCUCGGUGAAGGCGUACAAGACGCUGCGCUACCACCGCAAGGGCGCCGUCCGCGCCGUACAGUUCCACCCUGGCGGCCGCUAUCCGCUCUUUGCCUCCGCCUCCGACGACGGCACCGUGGUCGUCUGCCACGGCAUGGUCUACGAUGACCUGCUGCAGAAUGCGCUCAUCGUGCCGGUGAAGGUGCUGAAGGCGCCGAAGGACAACUCGCCGAUGCUGCACUAUGUUAAGUUGUUUUACCUGUGCGACGUUGUAGCCAAUGGUAAUGCCAAAGUAGAAGUUGGCAUUGGCAGUGCCCAGGACGAUCCACAGGUACCAGAGGAUGGGCGCCAGGACGGAGGUGGUGACGAUGGUCGCCGAGAUGACUAG